UGAACGCGACAAGACUUGAGCUGUUCACACUCAACCAAAGACGCAGUUCUUGAACGAUGAGUCCGUUCCUCCUUCUACUGGGUUUAACGCUCGGUCUGUCCGCGGCCUCCAUCAACUUCACUACCGUCUUUGAGUGGGACUUUUUCGAAUAUGAGUGGCCCUCAGAAGAAAAAAAGCAAGAAGCUUCGAAAAAGGGAAUUUACUAUCACAAAACCAUUGUUCCGCACGAGCAUGUCGUUUACGGGGAGAGAGUGUUUAUCAGCAUUUACGAAUCGAAAACACACCCAUUUCCGUACACCCUGACCUGGCUGCCAUCCACUGCGUCUUCGAAGUCUCCGAAACUGAAUCCCUAUCCUUCAUGGAAAUUGCAAAUCAAAGGAAACUGCAAGACCAUGCAGCAAAUCAAGGGCAUGGUGGUCGAUGUUUGUGGUCGGCUUUGGGCCGUCGAUAACGGAAAUGAGACUUGUCCAGCUAAGCUCUGGAUAUUUGACCUAACGGAAGGAGAUUCGGUCAGCCUGGUGCAUCAAUUCUCCAAUGAAAUCGUGGAUCAUGCUUAUAGCAGCAGGGAACUCAAUUCCCUGGUCCUUGAUGAGAGACCGAACGACACUUUGGCGUACAUUCAUGACUAUGAAUCAGGAAACCUGAUCGGUUUUAGCCUGAAGGAGAACGUUUCAUGGACCAUCGAAAUUCAGGAAAUCCACGUUAGGUGCAUUGCCCUUUCACCAAUAAAGGGGAAAGAAGUGGUCUAUCUGGGAUCUCGGGAAGAAUCCGAACUGUAUUCAGUUCCUCUUUCGGAAUUAAGGAUGAGGGGAGCAAAUACUCCUUUGACCCUCACUCUGGUUGGCGAUCAGAAAGCCGGCUCCUCGAGAAUGCUCAUGGACAACAAAGGAAAAUUGUACUUUGACCUUGAAACGUUUAACUACGUCGGAACUUGGGACACCAACAGAGAUGCUCAAAUCAAGGAAGAAGAACUCUACAAGGACGAGCGACUGACGCAUUACGACUUUAAGUUCAAUUUCGCCUUUGACACGUGCAAUAAUUUUUGGAUAAUGUCCAAAGAUAAUACAAAAACGACGAAUUUUCGGCUCCUUCGCGCUGAAGUCGGCGUCAAGUCCUAUUUAUACAACGACCUCAUCCCUCCCAAAGGUAAAGCACGCGAAAUACUCUAA